GGUUGUUCUCUAGGUAUCUGUGUUGAAUUGAUGACUUAACACAUUUGCCAUUCCUGCAUUUUGCUAAACAGCUCUAUUAAAUUGUCUGGCUGUGAGCACUCCUGUUUUACGGUCCACCAUUGAAAUGAAGAGUAUUGCGUUUGUUUUACUGGUUCUGGCUGUGGCUGGCAGCACAGCUGAUGAUAAAAUCAUUGGUGGUUAUGAAUGCACACCGAAUUCCAAACCCUGGCAAGUUUACCUGACUUAUGAUGAAGGGGAACGCUGGUGUGGAGCAUCUUUGAUUAAUGAAAGAUGGGUUGUAUCUGCUGCUCACUGCUACAUCCCGCCUCCUCGUCUGGCUGUCCACCUGGGAGAGCACAAUGUGUAUGUUGAAGAAGGUACAGAGCAGCGCAUCUGGGCAGAGAAGGUAAUACCUCACCCGGACUAUAAUGAUAUGACAUAUGACAACGAUUUCAUGCUCAUCAAGCUGAGUGAACCUGCCAUCUUCAACGAUUAUGUGCAACCUAUUUCUCUGCCGACCAGCUGCUCUUUUGCAGGGGAGCAAUGCUUGGUUUCUGGAUGGGGCAAUCAGAUCAACACUGGAGUUGAUUAUGCUGCUGUGCUGCAGUGUUUGGAUUUGCCUGUACUUUCAAGGUCACAGUGUGAGGGUGCAUAUGGAUGGCAAAUAACUGAUAACAUGUUCUGUGCUGGAUUCUUAGAGGGAGGCAAAGACUCAUGUCAGGGUGAUUCUGGUGGCCCUGUGGUGUGCAAUGGGGAACUGCGAGGAGUUGUUUCCUGGGGCUAUGGCUGUGCUGAUGCAGGCUUUCCUGGGGUUUAUACUGAGGUUUGCCGCUACGGUGACUGGAUCGUCGACAUCAUGGGCAACAACUAACUGUUUGUUUAACCUGUUUGGCCUGAAAAUAUUCCUGAAAUAUAUGUAAUUAAAUUCAAUUGCAAACAAA